AUGUUGUCGACGUUGGUCGAGCAGUACUCGUGCAGCUUCACAUGGUGGCUGGCCCGUUCCUCUGCAGCGGCGUCGUCAUCAUUGGCGUCAUCGGCCAUCGGCAUCGGGAGUUGCCCCCGGGGCGGUCAGGGCGCGUCAGACGAAGAAGGGAAUCGACAUGCCGCCGUUGACAUCGAGCAGGAAGAUAGUGUUCCAAAAAUAGAGCAAGCAGAUGAUCACUGCUACGUCCACAGAACACAACACUCCCAGCUUAUAUGCCUUCUUGAACAGCCCGUUCUUCCGCUGCAUGCCAUGGGCAAUUUCGAUGCGCCAGCCAAGAACAUGCAACAGACAGACAGCGCAGCACAGCACACAGAGUGGUUACCGACAGCCGACAGCCGACAGCGAAGGAGAUAUAAAAAAUCAAUAGGCGUUAGCCUCCGUCGAAAUAAUUAUAGCGAGCGCACAGCAGCACAGCAGCGCCACUCACACCCGCGAGAGAAAAUAGAGUCAGCAUGGCGAACUGAAUUGCGCGAGAAAAUAGCACGGGGGAUAGAGAAACGGGACAAUGGAAAUAGGCUAGCGGAUAGAGAGGGACAAGGAGAUGCACGCACCGUUAUUGGGGUGUGUCUCGAUCUUGCAGUGACCCAUGGCGCGAGUCUUUGGACGUGGACAACGUAA